UUUUCAGCAAUUUCAAAUCAACUCUAUAAUUUCAAAAAUGUCUGGAAAGCUAGAAAUAAUCUCACUUGAAGAAUUUGAUGAACCAUUCGAGGAGAUUCUCAAAGCAGAAGCCGAAGAAGCUGAAAAACAAUGGACUGGAAAUUCAUUUGAUUCAUGGGAAACAGAUUCUGCAAAUUAUUCUGCCAUAUCAAUCAUCUCAAUCGAAUUACGGGCUUUAAAUUCAAAUCAAUCUCACUCUUUCAAUUUCUAAAUAUAUGUGAUUUAAUUGUAUGAAGCAUUCCAUGAAAAUAAAUUAAUUUUAUGAA